AUGUUAAAUAAAUAUUUAAGAAUGGAGGAGCAACAUUAUAUGGCUUCUUAUGUUCAAAUGACUUUGCGUGAUUUAGAAGCUUGGCAAUUUGAAAAGGAGCAGCAAUCAAGUAUUUCUGAAAGUAAAAGUCCAAUACCACAACAAGAACGGCAACAAAUUUUAAAUAAUAAAGCUGACAAGAAGCCAGUUAGAGAACAUUCAUAUGAUGAAUGGGAUAAUAUUUAA